AUGUACAACACAACAAAUAUAUGCUCUAUGUUUAGACUUGCAAAAUCAAGGUCCAAGUUCAUGCACACAGCAACAAACAUCUGCAACAAUGUUAUCUCAAAAUCACAUCGUUCGUCCCCAGAGACCCAAGAUUCUCUCACAACCCAUUUCGAAUCUUUGUUCCGUGCUUGUUCAGAUGCUUCUGUGCUUCAACAAGUUAGACAAAUUCACACUCAGGUUAUUGUUGGUGGCAUGAGUGAUAUUUGCUCACUGAGUUCAAGGAUUUUGGGGUUGUUUAUUCUUUGUGGUAGAAUCAAGGAUGCCGGAAACUUGUUCUUCAGGCUUGAAUUGUGCUAUGCUCUUCCAUGGAAUUGGAUGAUAAGAGCGCUUUACAUGUUGGGGUGGUGUGAUUUUGCUUUGUUAUUUUACUUCAAGAUGUUGGGUAGUAAAGUUUCACCUGACAAAUACACAUUCCCUUAUGUGAUCAAAGCUUGUGGUCGUUUGAAUAAUGUGCCAUUGUGUAUGGUGGUUCAUAAUACAGUUCGGGCGAUGGGGUUUCAUGUGGACUUGUUUGUCGGUAGCGCUUUGAUCAAGUUGUAUGCUGAUAAUGGUUAUAUUCAUGAUGCGCGAGUUGUGUUUGAUGAAUUGCCUCUGAGAGACAUCAUUUUGUGGAAUGUCAUGCUCCAUGGUUACGUGAAAGUUGGAGAUUUUAACAAUGCAAUAGGGACUUUUCGUGAAAUAAGGACCUCUUAUAGUAAGCCUAAUUCAGUGACAUAUACAUGUAUUUUGUCUGUAUGUGCUAUGAGAGGGAAAUUUUGUCUUGGUACUCAGCUUCAUGGUCUUGUUAUUGGUAGUGGAUUUGAGUUUGAUCCACAGGUAGCAAACACACUAGUUGCCAUGUAUUCAAAAUGUGGGAACCUUUUUGAUGCUCGCAAGUUAUUUAAUACAAUGUCACAAACUGAUACGGUGAGUUGGAAUGGGUUGAUUGCUGGAUAUGUGCAAAAUGGAUUUACUGAUGAGGCUGCACCUUUAUUUAAUACAAUGAUCUCUGCUGGUGUCAAACCAGAUGCGGUCACUUUUGCAAGUCUCCUUCCUUCUAUCCUUAAAUCUCGGAGUCUCAAACAUUGUAAGGAAGUUCAUAGUUACAUAGUUCGACAUAGGGUACCUUUUGAUGUCUAUUUGAAGAGUGCUCUUAUUGACAUAUACUUCAAGGGUGGAGAUGUGAAGAUGGCAUGCAAGAUUUUCCAGCAGAAUACAUUGGUUGAUGUUGCAGUUUGCACAGCUAUGAUUUCAGGUUAUGUACUUAAUGGGCUGAAUAAGGAUGCUAUAAACAUUUUUCGGUGGUUAAUUCAAGAGAGAAUGGUUCCUAAUUGCCUUACCAUGGCUAGUGUUUUACCAGCUUGUGCUGCAGUUGCUGCUCUGAAAUUAGGGAAGGAGUUGCAUUGUGAUAUUCUAAAGAAACGACUAGAGAAUAUAGUUAAUGUGGGAUCUGCCAUCACAGAUAUGUACGCAAAAUGUGGUAGGCUGGAUCUUGCUUAUGAAUUUUUUAGAAGAAUGUCCGACAGAGAUAGUGUAUGCUGGAACUCAAUGCUUUCAAGCUUCUCACAGAAUGGAAAGCCAGAAAUGGCCAUUGAUCUUUUUCGUCAAAUGGGAAUGAGUGGAGCCAAGUAUGAUACAGUGAGCCUAUCAUCUGCUCUCUCUGCUGCUUCAAAUUUACCAGCACUCUAUUAUGGGAAAGAGAUGCAUGCCUAUGUGAUAAGAAAUGAAUUUUGUUUUGACACUUUUGUUGCAAGUGCACUGGUAGAUAUGUAUUCUAAAUGUGGAAAACUAGCUUUUGCUCGAUGUGUGUUUGACCUGAUGAAUGGAAAGAAUGAAGUCUCAUGGAACAGCAUCAUUGCUGCCUAUGGAAACCAUGGUUUCCCUACAGAAUGCCUUGAUCUAUUCCAUGAGAUGUUAGGAGCUGGGAUUCACCCUGAUCAUAUUACUUUUCUUGUUAUACUAUCUGCUUGUGGCCAUGCAGGCUUAGUUAAUGAAGGCGUACACUACUUUCAUCGCAUGACUACAGAAUAUGGGAUCUGUGCUAGGAUGGAGCACUAUGCAUGCAUGGUAGAUUUGUAUGGUCGUGCUGGCCGUCUGCACGAAGCAUUUGAUACCAUAAAGAGCAUGCCAUGCACUCCAGAUGCAGGUGUUUGGGGGACAUUGCUAGGAGCUUGUCGGCUUCAUGGCAAUGUUGAGUUGGCUAAACUAGCUUCAAGACAUCUCCUUGAACUGGAUCCAAAGAAUUCUGGAUACUAUGUAUUGCUUUCUAAUGUACAUGCUGAUGCUGGUGAAUGGGCAAGUGUUCUCCAAGUAAGAAGUUUAAUGAAGGAAAAAGGAGUUCAGAAGAUUCCUGGAUACAGCUGGAUUGAUGUUAAUGGUGGAACCCAUAUGUUUUCUGCUGCUGACGGAAAUCAUCCAGAAUCUGUUGAGAUCUAUUUGAUUCUGAAGAGUCUCCUUCUUGAGUUGAGAAAACAGGGUUAUAUUCCUCAACCAUACCUUCCAUUGCACCCGCAAAUCAUGGGAAAAAGAACGAUUGACUGA